AUGUCUUCAAGAAAUAAAAAGAACACACUCUUUGAUCAACUGGAGGAGCUGUUGACUCCUGCUCCAGUAGACAUUGACCCGGAGACCUUUGGUGAAACAUUUCGUACAAAUGCGAAUGAAAACGAAGCGAGCGAUGAAGACGAGAACAAAGGGCGAGAACAUUAUGUUAACGUCGGAAAGAGUGCUAUUCGGAAGAACCUUCAAUUAGAGACAGAUGAUUCCAGAUAUUUUGGCAAGAACGACGAAGAGGCGACUGAUGAUGAAGAGAUAGAUUCUGACGAAGUUAUUGAAAAAGAUGAUAAUUUUCGUGAUGCAGAUAAGUCGUCCUAUGUCGAUGCAGCCGCUAUAAGGGAAGAAUUGAGAAAAAUAGAAGACGAUGAGAGAAACAUUUUAAAGAAAAUAUCACAAAGUGCUAAAGCUGACAUUACAAAAGGCCAGCAUGUCAAAGCGCAACUUGCAAACACGCGAAUUCGGUUACAAAAGGCUUUAACUAUAACAAAUACAUUUCCGCAGCACGAUGUUUAUCCGCAAUUUCUAAAUGAAGAAACAAACAACGAAAUUAAAGAAACGCAAACAGAACUACGCGCAUUAAUGGAUAUGCUGGUCGACUUACAAAAGGACAUAUACAAAAAGAAUGGGAUUGUUGAAAUUUCCAAGGAUACUGCUACAAGUCGCAAACGACAACACGAGGACGAUAAUUAUUUAGAUUAUCUUUGGGGAGACAUGCAAGAGCUGUACGACAAAUUCAAUCCCUUUCGACAGGAAACAAUAGAUAAAUGGAAUAAUAAAGUACAGAUAGCUGCGGGGUUGCCGCUAAACAAGAAAUUCAAAGCCAUCAAUCAAAGUGUCAAUACGCAGAUUGAACAAAUACUAAAUGAUAAAGAACGGUUAGUCAAGAGAACGCAGUUAAAAAGGAAUGAUGGGAAGAUACUGGGGAAGGAGAAACAGAAUGAACGGGAAGAUGAGACGAUAGUAAAGGGAGACAAUUUACCAAACUAUGAUAAGGAAAUUUUCGAUGAUACAGAUUUUUAUCAGCAGUUACUUAGAGAAUUAAUAGAUAGUAGAAUGGUAGAUACAGACGACCAGUCAUCCCUAGGGCUACGCUGGGCGGCCUUAAAACAGACAAAGCAGAAGAAAAAGCAAGUUGAUACCAAAGCCUCAAAAGGCCGCAGAUUACGAUACCAUGUUCAUGAAAAAUUACAAAACUUUAUGGUUCCCAUACCUGCAGGCAGUUGGCACGAGGAGAUGAUUGACGAGUUGUAUUCUUCAUUAUUGGGGAAGAAGUAUAAUGUCGCUUUGGAUGAAGAUGAGGACAAGAAUGGUAGAAUAGACGAAGAACAAGGGAAAGGGAAGACGUAUAAAGGAGAAGGAAUUGUGGAAGGUGUUAGCGGGUUGAAAAUAUUUGGGUAA